UGCCUGAUCCACAUGGCUGCCAAGGCUCCGGUCGCAAAUCCUAGGAUGUCAAAAAUAGGAUUAGCGCGAAAGGCGGAUUCCCCCCCUGGUUUCUAUUUUUGAUCCCGAGUCUUCGUUCGCUCCUGGCGUCCCUGGGUCAACACCGGCUAUCGGUCUGACAGACCGAUGAAUCAAACGCAGAUGAAACCUCAAUGACGCAUCCUUUUACUGUCACCACUUGAUCUUCUCUUGACUGUCAUCUCGCGAGGAAAGAAUGUCCCCAUGAUCUCCCCGCUUGCCUCCUCUAAGGCCGGUCCCCGCUGGGUUCCCCGCCGCCGAUAUGGGUUCCGCCGACGCGUCGCCCUCCUCGUGGGCCUCGGCUUAGUGAUUUGGACAAUGCUCCAGGUCCUCUCGAUUCACCACCAUGUCGCUCUCGUGAACGCUCGCCCUCCCCCCCCACUACCCUCCGAUCGUAUCUUCAUCGCCAGUACUCAUUGGAAUAACGAGCGCAUCCUCCGAAGCCAUUGGAAUGACGCCGUCGUUGACUUGGUCCGGACCCUUGGCUCUGAGAACGUCUUUGUGAGCGUGUUGGAAAGUGGUAGCUGGGAUGACAGCAAGGGAGCUCUGCGCGAGCUGGAUACAAGACUAGAUCGACUUGGUGUGCGACGCAACAUCACUCUGUCCCACACAACACAUCAGGAUGAAAUCUCCGCUCCGCCCGGGCGUGAUGGCUGGAUUAAGACCCCGCGGGGACGGACAGAGCUUCGACGCAUUCCAUAUUUGGCUCGGCUACGCAACUGGACUUUACAACCAUUGGAAGACUUGGCGCGACAAGGGAUCACUUUUGACAAAGUGCUUUUCCUGAAUGAUGUCGUGUUUACGGUCGACGAUGUAGCGACCUUGCUAAAUACCAAUGACGGGGUCUACGGGGCUGCUUGCUCCCUGGACUUCUCCAAACCCCCUCUAUAUUACGAUACCUUCGCUCUGCGUGAUUCCCAGGGCGAUGAACACGUCAUGCAGACCUGGCCAUACUUCCGCUCUGGCAAUUCGCGUAGAGCACUCAUCAGCAUGGAGCCAGUUCCAGUCAGAAGCUGCUGGAAUGGGAUGGUGGUAAUGCCCGCCACGCCUUUCGUGUCCUCUUCACCACUACGAUUCCGUGCUGUCCCUGACUCCCUCUCGCUAUCUCACCUUGAAGGCUCAGAGUGUUGUCUCAUCCACGCUGACAACCCUUUGUCACAACUCCACGGAGUCUACCUUAAUCCCCAGGUCCGCGUCGGGUACAAUCCAGAAGCGUAUGCUGCGGUGCAUCCGACUCGGGCAUGGUUGUCCUUGCAAAAUCUUGCCGUGGCUCUCUGGGAGAAUCGGAUUCGACGCUGGACAACCUCUUCCUAUUUCAAGAUGCAAGUUGUUCGCAGUCAUGUCGCAAAGUGGGAGAAGGAUCAUCCUCAGCAGCGAGAAAGCGGUGAUUUUUGCUUGAUCAAUGAAAUGCAAGUUCUGGUCGCCAACGGUUGGGCGCAUGUCUGAGUUUGCAGCAUGUGUUCCACUUCAGUUGAGCAAUCAUUUGCAAUCCCAUCCAACCACAAGCUAUUGUGAAGA